AAUUGCUGAAUUCUGACGCCCGUUGCUCGUGAGAUGUAAUCGCGACGGGUUAACAAGAAUCUCCGCGACGAAUCAGCCGCAAUCUUUUUCGCCCACGGUGACCGAAAUCGAGAGAAUAUUAAGAAUUGUGUUGUGUUUUGUGUUUUCGAGUUUUGGUGUUUUUGACUGAUUUCGGCGGAGUGAGGUGUUGGGGACGGGCGUGGGUAGGUGGGUGCGUGCGUGGGUUAGGGCAGGAUCGUCGCGAGGCAUGGCUACAGCGUGGGUGGUAAUGAGAGGUCACCAUGGGUCAUGUCGGUCGUGGAGGCAUUAAUGGGCUCGACUGGCUCCACAAGGCCGGAGGCGCAGCUGCCUCGUGCGAAGCCUGUGGAAGCGGCGUCACCCUGCGUGUUACAGGCUGAGUCUGGAGCGUAUUCAGAGCCGUUUGUUUGGUUAUGAAUAACCUUGUCCCGUUGUCCUCGAUCGUUUGGUCAAUUCAGAGCCUGUGGGGGGUCAGUCUGUCUGUCUGUAUGUCGAUCUGUAUUCUGCUGCUGCAGCUGUAGUCGAUGCUGCAGUGACCGAUCGCUCGUAUCUUCGUGCAUCCCCCUGAGAGAGAGCCCCCCCACUGCAGUCAUCAGCCAGCAGCUAUGGUCAUAGCUAACCUACAGGAUCAUGCAGCUGCAUGACCUUUCUGGUGGGUCGUCGUCCCCUUCCCUUGAAAAGCACAGUCGCACUGUGGACCCAGUCUUGCAUCAGUGCCUCGUUGUGAAGCAGAAGCUGGCAUCAAGUGUAGAAGACAUAGUAUCCUGCGGCAUCUUUGGGUUGUGCUCAUGACGGGCGGCGCUCUUCUUGACUAGCUGAUUGGUUUUCUCUUCAUUGCAGCGUCGACGUGUAGGUUUGGUCCUCUUUUGUGUGCACUGAUCCAUGAUCGGAGCUUUGUUAGGGUAGUCAAGGGGCUCGGCCAGUAGUUUUUGCGAAAAAACAAAAGACUUAGAGAAGAUAGUCAGGGUUCUGAGGUUAGUUUUGUUGGCAGCUCCUCUAAUCGUCAGGGUUUUAGCCACGAUGGCUUGUUAACACACCUCGACUUGGUUGAAAGAUUUGAUUACUUGGGGCGUCGUCGAACAUGCCACGAGGUUGUUAGUUAGUAUUGAGGGUAGCAUUUUCUGCACAAUUUUCGAGUUGGAAAAUUUUCCGGGAGUUCGCCUUGUUUAUCAUUUCUGCUUGCAAUGGAGAACUACUCACGGAAUAAACCGUGAGGAAAACUUCGGCUCCUGAACGUACUUAAUUUGGAAUGCUUUCCUGAAUGCGCUCGAGAAAAAUCUUAUGGGUGUGUAGAAAGUGCCACUGGGCUCGACUGCAUUGUUGUAGACGAUGCCAGCGCUUAGUGAACUUCCAAAACGGGAUGUUCUGAGACUAAGUCAAUGUGGGGAUUCUUCACCUGGCACGAAGGUAUCGAUGUAAACCGCCAUCGCCACGGGUAUGAAGCAUCAGUCGAAUUCCUUGUGCUGGUAGAACCGUUUGAUGGAAUUAAAAUACAGGAGCAGACCCACUGACCGUUCGAGUUUCGCAGACCAAACAGUGACGGCUCCUUGGAAGCUGUCAUUUUGAGCAGCCUAUGCUCGACAGUCUUACACCAACUUCGCUGUGCGAUCUUCCGGGAAUUUGUGCCAUUGAGGCACUAGCCGAUAAUUACUGCAUGGGAGACUUCCGCUCAGGUAAUAGCUGCCCUCCGGUUCAGGCUGCGGCGAAUCAGUGCUGGCAUUGGUUGGAUGGACGGGAAGAAAUAGCCAACUCCUUAGCCACUGGAAACCGCCUCAGAAGGCUGGACAGAGGGGGAAUCAUGGAUUUCUCCACUUCCAUGCAACUGAGGUUGCUCAUCCUGGCAAUUCUGGUGAGAGAGCUCCCUGAAGUGAUGGCCAUCAACGCCGAGGGAAGCGCAUUGUUGGCAUUCAAGCAGGGGCUUAUGUGGGACGGUUCCAUUGAUCCUUUGGAAACCUGGUUGGGAAGCGACGCCAAUCCCUGCGGAUGGGAGGGUGUCAUCUGCAAUGCCCUCAGCCAAGUCACGGAGCUCGCUCUCCCUCGGCUCGGACUCUCUGGCACCAUUUCCCCGGCGCUUUGCACCCUGACCAAUUUGCAGCACCUUGAUCUCAACAAUAACCACAUCUCUGGUACUCUUCCGUCUCAGAUUGGCUCUUUGGCCAGUCUACAGUACCUCGACCUUAACUCAAACCAAUUUUAUGGUGUGCUUCCUCGGUCGUUCUUCACCAUGUCCGCAUUGGAGUACGUGGAGUUAAGCUUCAACUCGUUCUCCGGAGAGCUUCCUGCUGAGAUUGAAGCACUUCGCCGUCUUCACACGCUCAUCCUAAGAGAAAAUUCUUUUACGGGAUCUAUUCCCGCGCAAGUCGGGAGCCUCGUUGAUCUGAAGCGGCUUGACCUCAGUUUCAACUCCUUCUCCGGCAUUGUCCCGCCGCAGCUGCAGGGGUUGGUGAACAUGGAAGAGUUGAGCCUAAGUGCGAACUCUUUCACCGGGGAAUUGUUUGCAAUCAACAUGAUGACUAAUCUCUACAGCGUCGAUGUUAGUGGCAACCUCUUCUCUGGGAGCAUCUCACCCCUCUUGGCCUCCUUGAAGAACCUCCAGGCGUUGGACUUGAGCAACAACUCGCUCUCAGGAACUAUCCCGACCGAGAUCUGGGGCAUGACGUCGCUUGUCGAGCUUUCUCUAGGUUCCAAUACCGCCCUCAACGGCAGCAUACCGAAAGAUAUCUCCAAACUUGUCAACUUGACGAAUUUGUUUCUGGGGGGUUCGAAGUUAGGAGGGCCGAUACCACAGGAAAUCACACAAUGUGCCAAGCUUGUCAAGCUCGACCUCGGUGGCAAUAAAUUCAGCGGUCCAAUGCCAACCUCCAUUGGCAAUUUGAAACGCUUAGUGACGUUAAAUCUGCCAAGUACGGGGCUCGUGGGCCCAAUCCCUGCUUCUAUUGGUCAAUGUGCCAACCUCCAGGUGCUUGAUCUCGCGUUCAACGAGCUCACUGGCUCACCUCCCGAAGAGCUUGCUGCACUUCAAAACCUGCGAUCAUUAUCUUUGGAGGGUAACAAGCUGUCAGGACCGCUGGGUCCAUGGGUUGGGAAGCUGCAAAACAUGUCCACAUUGUUGCUCUCGACAAACCAGUUUAACGGCUCCAUCCCUGCCUCUAUUGGGAACUGCUCGAAGCUUAGGAGUUUGGGGCUUGAUGACAACCAGCUGUCGGGGCCCAUCCCGCUUGAACUUUGCAAUGCCCCUGUUCUGGACGUGGUCACCCUCAGCAAGAACCUUCUCACAGGCACGAUCACUGAGACUUUCCGACGAUGUCUGGCUAUGACCCAGCUCGACCUUACGUCGAAUCACCUCACAGGCUCGAUCCCUGCGUAUCUUGCUGAGCUUCCCAACUUGAUCAUGCUGUCUCUGGGCGCGAAUCAGUUCUCCGGUCCCGUGCCUGAUUCCCUGUGGAGCUCCAAGACCAUCCUCGAAUUGCAGCUGGAGAGCAACAACCUGAGCGGCGGCUUGUCUCCCUUGAUCGGCAACAGCGCGUCGCUGAUGUAUCUGGUGCUCGACAACAACAAUCUCGAGGGGCCAAUACCACCUGAGAUUGGGAAAUUGAGCACUUUGAUGAUAUUCUCCGCGCAUGGUAACUCUCUCAGUGGGUCGAUCCCCUUGGAGCUUUGCAACUGCUCCCAGCUCACUACACUGAACCUGGGAAACAAUUCUCUAACCGGGGAGAUUCCUCAUCAGAUUGGAAACCUCGUAAACCUUGACUACCUGGUGCUGUCGCACAAUAAUCUCACAGGGGAGAUCCCCGACGAAAUAUGUAAUGAUUUCCAGGUGACAACUAUUCCCGUUUCGACCUUCCUCCAGCACCGCGGCACCUUGGACUUGUCAUGGAACGAUCUUACAGGGUCGAUUCCGCCCCAGCUCGGAGAUUGCAAGGUCCUCGUCGACCUCAUUCUGGCGGGGAACCGAUUCUCUGGACCGCUGCCUCCCGAACUCGGUAAGCUGGCGAAUCUGACCUCACUGGACGUGUCGGGAAACCAACUCAGUGGCAACAUCCCCGCGCAGCUGGGCGAAUCGCGCACAUUACAAGGGAUAAACCUCGCGUUCAACCAGUUCUCGGGAGAAAUUCCUGCCGAGCUUGGCAACAUCGUCAGCCUGGUGAAGUUGAAUCAGUCAGGGAACCGACUAACGGGAUCUUUACCUGCGGCACUUGGCAACUUGACCAGCUUGUCGCAUUUGGAUGUGAGCAAAAAUUCCCUAAGCGGGAUGAUUCCAAUGGCGAUGGCCAAUCUGGUUUCCAUCGUGGGCAUGAACUUGGCAGAAAACGAGCUCAAUGGUAGCAUUGCGGGGCUGCUCUCGGAAAGCACUGUGUGGCGCCAAAUGCAGUCACUAAAUCUCAGCUGGAACCAGUUAUCCGGGGAAAUUCCAGCUUUGGUCGGGAAUCUCUCAGGCUUAGCCGUGCUCGACUUGAGCAACAAUCACUUUUCCGGCGAAAUCCCAGCCGAAGUGGGCGACUUUUACCAACUCUCGUACUUGGACCUGUCCAACAACGAGCUUAAGGGAGAGUUUCCCAGCAAAAUCUGCAACCUUCGCUCGAUAGAAUUGCUGAAUGUCUCCAACAAUAGGCUGGUUGGGUGCAUUCCCAACACGGGAAGCUGUCAAUCACUCACCCCGUCCUCCUUCCUCGGCAACGCAGGCCUCUGCGGGGAAGUUUUGAACACACGCUGCGCUCCCGAAGCCUCUGGCCGAGCCAGCGAUCAUGUCAGCCGCGCCGCGCUGUUGGGCAUCGUUUUGGCAUGCACCUUGCUCACAUUUGCGGUGAUCUUCUGGGUCUUACGCUACUGGAUACAGCGGCGAGCCAAUGCGCUCAAGGAUAUAGAGAAAAUCAAGCUCAACAUGGUGCUGGACGCGGACUCCAGUGUCACCUCCACAGGGAAGUCGAAAGAGCCGUUGAGCAUCAACAUUGCCAUGUUCGAGAGACCACUGUUGCGACUCACUUUGGCCGACAUCCUGCAAGCCACCAACAACUUCUGCAAGACGAACAUUAUUGGCGAUGGUGGGUUCGGGACGGUGUACAAAGCGGUGCUACCCGACGGUAGGAUUGUAGCCAUCAAGAAACUCGGCGCUUCGACAACGCAAGGAACUCGAGAAUUUCUGGCUGAGAUGGAGACUCUCGGCAAGGUGAAGCAUCCUAACCUGGUGCAGUUACUGGGAUACUGUUCCUUCGGCGAGGAGAAGCUUCUCGUGUAUGAGUAUAUGGUGAACGGAAGCUUAGACCUCUGGCUUCGUAAUCGAGCUGACGCACUGGAGAAGCUCGAUUGGAGCAAGCGCUUUAACAUUGCAAUGGGAUCCGCCCGAGGGCUUGCGUUCCUGCAUCACGGGUUCAUUCCACACAUCAUCCACCGCGACAUCAAGGCCAGCAACAUUCUGCUGGACGAGAACUUCGAUCCCAGAGUUGCCGAUUUCGGCCUGGCGCGGCUGAUCAGCGCGUACGACACGCACGUCAGCACCGACAUCGCCGGCACGUUUGGGUACAUUCCCCCGGAAUAUGGGCAAUGCGGGAGGUCCUCGACGCGCGGGGAUGUUUAUAGCUACGGGAUAAUACUCCUGGAGCUCCUGACGGGGAAGGAGCCCACAGGGAAGGAGUACGAGACCAUGCAGGGCGGGAAUUUGGUGGGGUGCGUGCGGCAGAUGAUCAAGCUCGGCGAUGCGCCGGACGCGUUGGAUCCCGUGAUUGCUAACGGGCAGUGGAAGAGCAACAUGCUGAAGGUCCUCAAUAUAGCUAAUCAGUGCACUGCGGAGGAUCCUGCUCGCAGACCGACCAUGCAACAAGUGGUGAAGAUGCUGAGAGAUGUGGAAGCCGCUCCCCAGUUCAAAACUCUGACGAAUGUGUAAUUGACCUUGUUAGGCAAUCUGAUGGGUUCCGUCACCGAUUCAGAUGGGGAAGCAUUCGUCUGUUCGACAGAUCGAGAUGUAGCGGAUACGUGCUUCACGCAGCACAGAGUUGUUUGUUCACGGUUAUUGCAUUCGAAGAUUCGAGCAGCUCACCACAACACGGUUGCUGGGAACAGGGGAGACAGCCAAACGUUGCGAAUACGGCGCUCGUCAAGUCGAGGGUAACACGUCGAGACCGCGGGCUCGUUUUGGAAGCGGCAUCCCACAAGUAGCCCAUCGUAGCUGAGAGCCCAGACUGGUUAGCCAUCGUGGCCAGCAUCGAACUUAUUUGUAUCAUUCAUAAUGUACCAUCUCAGGUUUACCGACAGGUGCAAAACCUGGAAAUCCGGAAGAGAGUGUAUCCGCCGCUUUUAUGUAAAAUUAUGAACUUCAAAGCUCGCUCCUCGCGAGUAUUUAAUUCAUCUGCCAACAUCACGUCGCUCUAUACUUUAAUCUCAAAAUGCAAUUUUUUCCUGUUGUGAAGCUUUUGAACUGUCAUGUGUUCAAAUCUUUCUGGUGCCAAGUAACUUUUAGCAUUUAUGAGAAUCUGCUUUUUCGUGUACUCCAUCGCUUGAGGCGGAUGGAGGACCUACGAAGCUACCUGCGAGUAGGGUCAACGACGAGGUCAACGCCUCAGUCGGUGAACAAGUCAACGUCGUCGCGAUUGUCGGUGGGAUGGUGCCGAGAGGAGUAUAUGCUUUUGGAACGUGGGAUGCCAUCUGAACUGUUUGGAUCGGGAAUGAAAUGACCCAGAUCUCAAUGGAAUGUGCCGAUGCCGAACAACAUAUUUGUGAGUUGACGGAGGAUGACGUUGUGAUGUUCCCUACCCAGGACAAGACCCGAGGCUAGUUUGUGAAAUUUUGUGAGCAUUUGUUGAUAUUCUUCAUGAAUUUUGAUUCAUCUACUUUCCUCCCUCUCAGCAAGUAGAAAAUCAGAGAAGUAUACUGUGGAUUUUGAUAGUAGAAUUGUGUUGUAGGUCUCCUAUUUCUCUAAAUAUUUUCUUUUAUUUUGUA